UCGCUUAGGAUCCCGGCCAUCGCCGGAGCAGGGCAGGUUGCCGGUCAUGGGGACCAUGGAAUACUUCCUGCUCUGGCUGAUAUUUACCAUCCAGGCACUGACCUUAAUCAGCGGAACAGAAACAGAGCGGGAUUUUAACUGGCACGUACGGAAAGUACCCCAGAUUGUGAGCGAGCGGACUUUUCAUCUUCCGAGCCCCAAAUUCGAGGCAGAGGCCAGGCUGGUGUUAAGCGGAGUGUGCGGGAUUGAAUGUCAAAAGGAACUGCCAAGGCCCAGCCUUUUGGAACUGGAGGAAGCCCUCUCCUUUGAAACGGUCUUCGAGAAUGGCACCCGCACCUGGACCAGAGUGAACGUCCAGGGCCUGGCCCUGGCGUCGAACACCACUGGAAGAGAAGCACCCAGCAGGAGGAAGCGGCAAGUGUACGGCACAGACAGCAGGUUCAGCAUCACCGACAAACGUUUCUUAAGCCACUUCCCUUUCAACACCGCUGUCAAGCUCUCCACGGGCUGCAGCGGCAUUCUCAUCUCCCCCAGCCACGUGCUGACCGCCGCUCACUGUGUUCACGACGGAAAGGAUUACCUCCGAGGAGGCCGCAAACUGAGGGUGGGUGUGCUGAGGAUGCGUUCUAAAGGUGCGGGGAGAGGGCGCGGGCGACCUGAGAGAAACAGGAGGGAAGCUCGCAGGAAGAGCCAGAGGCAAGGGACCAAAGAGGAGCGGAAGGGGAGGGCCAGAGGAGGAAGGGGGAAGAAAGACUCCAGACGAGGUCAGAGAGCGGCGGCCGGGAAACGGUCCUUCCAAUGGACCAGGGUCAAGAGCACCCAAAUUCCAAAAGGCUGGGUCAGAGAAGCAACCGGGGAUGUGGUCUUGGAUUACGACUACGCAGUCCUUGAACUGAAACGUCCCCACAAAAAGCAGUACAUGGAACUGGGCAUCAGCCCAACCGUCAAGAAGAUGCCCGGAAGCCUGAUCCAUUUCUCGGGGUUUGACGACGACCGAGCCGAGCAACUGGUCUACCGGUUCUGCAGCGUGUCUGACGAGUCCAGCGAUCUCUUCUACCAAUAUUGCGAUGCCGCCCCAGGAUCCGCCGGCUCUGGGAUCUAUCUGCGCCUGAAGGAGCCAGACCAGAGGAAGUGGAAGCGGAAGAUCAUCGCCGUUUACUCCGGCCACCAGUGGGUGGACGUCGGAGGCGUCCAGAAGGAUUAUAACGUAGCUGUGCGUAUCACACCUCUGAAAUAUGCCCAGAUUUGCCUCUGGAUACACGGGAAUGAUGCUGACUGUACUUACGGCUGAUGAGAACCUGAAACUAGAGCAGUGAGCACCUAGUCACAACACAGAAUUUAAAGCAAUUACUGGAUUUUGCAACCUAGGCAGUACGCUGUCUUCCUACACUACCAAGAGCAACAGUUGCAAUAGGUACUGAAAAGAAAAAAAAUCACCUCCUCGGGUUAAACCUGAAAAAUGAUGUUACAAAGGGUUCUUAUGGUGGGAUUAGUCGAAUUUUGUGAUUCUUCUAAAAAAAUGCUUAAAUAUAUAUAGCGGACUAGGCAGGCACUUCUACUUGUGUUUAAAUUGGGGUAAAUUGAAUAUGAAAUGUUUAUAUCUUUUGCUUUUUUGACAAACUCUGAAUCCUCAAACUUUUAUUAUUGUGUGAUUUCUCAAUAGACUUCUUCUCAGGGUUCUACUGUAAUAUUUAAUGUACACACUGCACGUAAACAGUGCCACAGUGUCGCCAGAAGCCAGCAAAUUGAGAGCCUGGCUGACUUGCAGAACAAUUCAGUUUUCUUUCGGAGGUAUACAUAUCCAGCUCAAAUGCUAAAUCUGCACCAGGCAACCCCAACACUAAUUUGAAAGGUAUUUGUAAAAUCCAUGUUUCUUAAUGGCCUUAAUCAAAUCUGCCUCAACCAGUUGGUGACUUGUUACUAGAACUGUCACUGUUUAGAACCAAAGGAUUGGAGUACAGUAGGCUGAGGUUGGUUGAAGAGGAUCUUUCCCUUUGUGUUUACUUUGGAAUUAAACUUGGAAGUAUAGCUGCCACUUAAAAUUACCUUGUGCUUGUCCACCUAGAUGUGCUCUGGCAACAUCUACUCUCCCCAUCCUUCCAGAAGCUGGAAUGGGGUCAGGGGAAGGGAAAACCUUUAAUGGUUUAUCAGUCAAGCUACUGUGCUAAUAUAAUUGUUGCAUUUAUGUGCUUAGUAUGGGCAAGCACUGGGGUAAAUAGAUACUAGAUAAUCAGGUCAC